GAGAGAGAGAGAGUAAUAGUGCAGCCAUUGUAGACGCCGGUGGCUGGUUGUGGUGGAAGUGUGUUUGUGACUGAACAUCAGAAGAAAGCAGGCGGAUGAUAUCCACCGGCUGAUCUGUGGAGGCGGAAUGGAGGUCUAUCCUCCAGAAAAAGAAGGGAUGAUGGAGGCUUGGCUUGACGACAACCUAGAGUUCGCACAUUCUUAUUUUGUACGAAAGGCUUCUCGGGAAAUGGUCAACGCUUGGUUUGCUGAACGUGUUCACUCCAUUCAGCCAUCUCGGGAAGGAUCAAAAGCUCCGCCAGAACCUUUAUCGGCCUUCCAUCCACUGGGUCCAACUGAUGCACCAUCUCCAAGUCCAGCUCCAUCCACCCCUACACGAAAGAUCUCUGCAUCUGAGUUUGAUAGGCCACUUCGCCCCAUUGUUGUGAAAGACGCUGAGGGUUCGCUUACUUUUCUUAGUGAUACAGAAAGGGUGCAGAUGCCACUUCCUCCUCCCCAGCGGCCUGGCUCAGGCAUUGGGACAGAUGAGGGUGGAGGUAUUAUGGACUCAGGAGUUCGUGAAAAUGGGGACCGCUGUGCUCGUCUGUUGGAGCUUGUACGUGAUGUUUCAAGCCACUUGGACCUUACUGUCCUCUGCCACAGGAUCUUCUUACACACUCACGAGUUGAUAGCUGCAGAUCGCUAUUCGUUGUUCUUGGUAGGAGAGGACAGUUCAAACAGGAAGUUCCUGGUUAGCCGGCUAUUUGAUGUUGCAGAAGGAUCCACUCUUGAGGAGGCUUCCAACAGUGGUAUUCGCCUAGAAUGGAACAAAGGAAUUGUGGGAUAUGUGGCAGCCACUGGACAGCCUCUGAACAUCAAGAAUGCAUAUGAGGAUCCACGUUUUAAUGCAGAGGUGGACCAAAUUACAGGAUAUAAGACACAGAGCAUCUUGUGUUUGCCCAUCAAAAAUCACAGAGAUGAGGUUGUUGGAGUAGCGCAAGCAAUCAAUAAAAGAUGUGGAGAGAACAGUGCCUUUACAGAACAGGAUGAGAGGGACUUUUCUUCGUACCUGGCUUUCUCUGGCAUAGUGCUACACAAUGCACAACUCUAUGAGACAUCACAGCUGGAGAACAGACGAAACCAGGUGUUGUUGGAUCUGGCUAGUCUGAUCUUUGAAGAGCAGCAGUCUUUGGAGGUCUUGCUGAGGAAAACUGUGGCUACCAUCUUGUCUUUCAUGCAGGCCCAAGAAUGCACUGUCUUUAUUUCUGACAGGGAAACAACUAACACAUUCUCCAGUGUGUUUCACAUGGAAUAUGAGGAGCUUGCAGGAUCCUUGGACUUCCCAAACAGAGAAUGUGAUGUCAAUAAGAUUAACUAUAUGUAUGCCCAGUAUGUCAAGAACACUAUGGAGCCAUUGAACAUUGCAGAUGUCACCAAAGACCAGCGAUUUCCAUGGACAAGUGAAAAUCUACAAUCCUCAAACUUUCAAAUUAAAAGUCUACUGUGCACGCCAAUAAGGAAUGGGAAGAAAGACAAAGUGAUAGGUGUCUGCCAGUUGGUCAAUAAGAUGGAUGAAGCUUCAGGGGAGGUAAAAGCCUUUAAUAGGAAUGAUGAGCAGUUUCUAGAGGCCUUUGCUAUCUUUUGCGGGCUGGGAAUCCAGAACACACAGAUGUACGAAGCAGUGGAAAGAGCAAUGGCUAAGCAAGAGGUCACACUUGAGGUCCUCUCUUAUCAUGCCUCGGCUGCAGAGGAAGAGACGCGGGCGCUCCAGGUAACUGCGGCAGCUACGAUUCCUUCUGCUCAAUCUCUCAGACUGCUGGACUUCAGCUUCAGUGAUUUUGACCUGACAGAUGCUGAGACGACCCAAGCAACCAUCCGCAUGUUUGUGGACCUCAAGCUUGUGCAGAAUUUUCAGAUGAAGUACAAGAGUUUGUGUCAGUGGAUCUUAAGCGUAAAGAAGAACUACAGGAAAAAUGUGGUCUACCACAACUGGCGACAUGCCUUCAACACCUCCCAGUGCAUGUUUGCUGUGCUGAAGUCUGGGCGGUUUCAGAGUAAUCUGAGUGAUUUGGAGGUUUUGGCUUUAAUGAUUGCAACGUUGAGCCAUGAUUUGGACCACCGAGGUGUCAACAACUCCUACAUCAAAAAAAGUGACCAUCCAUUGGCCCAGCUGUACUGCCACUCCACAAUGGAGCACCACCAUUUUGACCAGUGUCUUAUGAUACUCAACAGUCCAGGUAAUCAGAUUCUGAGCAGUCUUUCUCUGGAUGAGUACAAGGCGACAUUGAAGAUGAUUGAGAAGGCUAUUUUGGCCACUGACCUGGCUCUCUACAUGAAAAAAAGAACAGAAUUCUUUGAGCUGGCUAAGAACAGUCAGUUUGUAUGGGAGGACGAUUAUCACAGAGAUCUGCUAAAGUCGAUGCUGAUGACAGCAUGUGAUAUCUCUGCUAUUACAAAGCCCUGGCCAGUACAGAAGAAGAUAGCAGAACUGGUUGCCACAGAGUUCUUUGAACAAGGUGAUAAGGAGCGGAGAGAGCUAAACGUUGAACCUAUUGAUCUGAUGAACAGAGAAAAACAGGAUAAAAUUCCCAGCAUGCAAGUGUCUUUCAUUGAUGCCAUUUGUACACAGUUAUAUGAGGCGCUGACAGGUUUCUCAGAGUACUGCUCCCCCCUGCUGGAAGGUUGUAGAACGAACAGACAGAAUUGGAAGCUGCUUGCUGAGCGAGGAGAGGAAGCUUUGCUAAAUGGAGGACUGUAACUUUUCUUUUGGAAUGCAGACGUCCUUGGACUAUUCACAUCUUUCCCUGCCCCUUUCCCAGAAACUAAAGGAUUACAAGACACUGGUCUGAUGAUAUUCACCUGACGGCUCUCGCCAUUUCACAAAACACACUGGAGCAGGUUAAAAGUGCAAGAUUGGGUUAUAGAUGCAUCAGAAUUAAGUCCAUUUUUAAAUUGAGACUGCUGUGCUAUAAAAGACUUGAUGAAGAAAAGAGGGCUUGAUGGAUAUUUACCUGUGCAGGUAACCCAGUUGAUCAAGAAAUGUUUUAAAACUGUGACUAAAUUAUCUUGACUCAUAAAAGGAAUGUUCCAGGUUCUUUCCAAAGCAUUUGUUGCUGUUAACAAGGAAAAUCACAUCAACUCGUUUCUUAGUUUGUAAAAACAAAAAAGACAUUUAGGCCACAGUUACACACUCACAGUCAAAGAGGUAAAACAUUCCAAAGGCAGAAGCAUACAGGUUGUAUUUUUGUAAGUAAUUAUAAAAUUGUAAAAAGUUGUAAAACUGUAGAGUAGUCUAAAUAAUAAAUCUCCCUUUUAGCAGUGGAACUACUGUUCUAGACAGAUUCAUUUCUGCGUUACCAGUGUAAUUCCUGUGGGUGGAGUUGCUCCAUGUAAACAAUACUUUGCAGUUAAAACUCUUUCUGAUUUCUGGUAACCAUAAACAUGGCUGGAGUUGAGAUAUGAGGUAUAAGAUUACACAGAUAAGCUUAGCUAGCAGUUCUAGCAUUUUAGAUUUGUGUGUACAGCACCAUGUGUUAUGUUUAUCUUGUUGUAGCUAUACUUUUGAAAAGCAUGAAUUUGAACAUUUAUCCUGGUGCAGUGCCUUCCCUCACAGAUUUCCUAAUUCCAAUCUUCCUGUUUUACUCUAAGCAUGAUUCUUUCUUGUUUUUAUAACAUUUCAAAACUAUUUUACAUUAUAAUCGUCAGCAUAUCAGCUUGUAUUGAGCCCAGAACAUUCCUUAUUUAUUGUUGUUGUCUGUUAUUUUUUGUGGAGCUCACUCACUGAAUUACUGAAAUACGCACAUAAACAUAAAUCUUAUUUUGCUAUAUUGCACUGCUAAAGUAAGCUGACAUAAAAGGAACACAUCAUUUUUCACUGUUUAACCUCAUCCCACGUCACUUUGUAUUACACCAUUAUACCAUGUUUUAGAUUAUUUUUUUUUUUCACCUACAUUGCAUACAGUUAAAGAAAUCAAUAGCCUGUGUUAUGUGAAAUUAUUUAUCAUCUGUUACACAAAUGUGUUAGAUUCACAACAAAUACUUGUUUUGGAGUGUAAUGGAAAUAAGAUGUCUGUAGAAAUGUAAAGUUCAAAAUGCUGUCACUGUGUGCCCAUUUGGCAUGUUCAAAAAGAAACCUAUUCCACACCUGA